GCACUUUGAUGACGCCAUCACCCGGAGCCACAACACAAAAACAACAACAGAGCUCAGCUGUUCGGAUGCUAACUAGCCGGCCUAGUUACCGAGCGCUGUUCUUCAGCGACUUUGUUUUUAUAUAUUCAUGAGCAGCUUUUACACUUUCCAAUGCGUUUGUUUGUAAAAUAUACGUUUUGUAUAAAUAUUAAGUAAUUAGCUUUAAUACUUAAUUCCUUCCGCCUGCUCCAUGCUAGCUUGCUAGCAGCUUAGCUUUUUUAAACCGAGGGGGGAAGAAGUCUGCCGGGGGGGGGGGGGGGGGAAGAAAGAAGAAAGAAAAGGUAAUGACACGACUUUUGUUUUAUUAAAAGUGUAAAAACUCCACCACAGGGUUUAUGACCGUGUGACUCUGAAUGGGAAGCAGCUGAACGUCCGAGAGAAGAGAGACGCGACAACGGAGCAGCCCGAACAAACCCGAGUUCAUCCAUCGUGUCGAGAAAGUGAACUGUCACUCAAAAGAAACACCCUCGACGGCUGCGAAGAGCACGUGACUGUCACGUGACCCGCGUGUGACGUCGAUCGACAGGAGACUUGAUGGUCUGUCCCAUUCACUGUCAAAUGUACUGCAGGACGAGGAAGGGGACAUGCAUGGUGUGUGUGUGUGUGUGUGUGUGUGUGUUCAUGUUUGUAUGUGUAUGUGUGUUCGUGUGUGUGUGUGUGUGUGUGUGUGUGUGUGUCACGAUUCAAUCAUCGAUGAUGAUCUUGGAACCAGGAAUUACGACCUCCGGGUCGGAAAUUAAAAAAUGGAUCAACCCUGCGAGUCGCAGUAUUUCCCCUACCAUUGAAUUGGGAGGGUGCUUCAGAAGUCAUUUCAGAUUUCACCAGGCCCGGGAUAUUUAUGGCAAAGCUAGACCACAAGAGCACCCGGUGGAGAUUGUGACCUCCACCAAUGACCACCAACGUCAUCAUUUCCCCGUCCGCUGUCAUGUCACCGCGAAAGAGACCCCUGGUCCCCGUGAGCAGCCGGCGCAAGGCGGCGGACGACCACUUCCCGUUCAACUUCCUGCCGGUGGAGUGCCAGCUGCACGUGCUGUCCUUCCUGAACGAGGUGGACAAGUGCAGCUGCGCGCUGGUCUGCCUGAGCUGGAGCUGCAUCGUGCGCUCGUGGAAGCUGUGGCGGGUCGCCGACUACUCCCGCCGCGGCGUCUUCCAUCUCGGCCAGGAGGGGCUGCUCGUGUCCAACCGCGAGUUUGAGCGCUGGAAGGCCUGGGUCCACCACUACACCCACCACCUCAUCUCCCGCCGGGCCAGCCUGCUGACGCUGAAGGCCAGCUUCGACCUGGGCGAUCGCUGCAACAAGUGGGGCGAGCUGCUGAGCCACCUGCUGGAGAACGUCCACUGCAGGGACCUCAGCCACCUGGACCUGAACUGGACCUUCACUCUCCUGGAGCCGCUGGACCUCAGGGUCACCUCUGGCUCCAGCUCCCACCAGGACAGCAUCACCAAAAUGGAUCAGGUGACCAGUUUCCAGGAGCUGCUGACCAACCUGACCCACAGCUGCCCGCGCAUCGCCAAGAUGCGGCUACAUUUCGACUGGUCGGACUUGUCCGUGUCGCUGCUCACCCAGUUCCAGCAGCUGCGAGUGCUCGAGCUCAAAUACUUCUGGGUCUUCAAAGGAGUGACCCCCUCGACGCUGCAGACCCUGACCAAAUCCCUGCCCAACCUGAAGUCUCUGACGCUGCACAUCCUGGUGCCGCUGAGGAACCUGGGCAUCUCCUACACGCUGGAGUCCCACUCGCUGGAGUUCCUGGACGUGUCGCCGAGCCGAGGCCUGGUCUUCUGCUGCCUGAAGCUGCCCGCGCUGCGCGAGCUCCGGGCCAAGAAGAUCGUCCGCGGCAUCACCCUGGACCGCAGGACCAGGCUGAGGAUCCAGCACCGGUGGCCCUGCCUGUACCACGUCCUCCGGGAGGGGACGCCGAAGCUCCAGGCGCUGAACAACGAGAGGCUGCUCCCCACGUGGCGAGAGGAAAGCUACGGGGAGCUGUCCGCCAUCCUGGAACAGUCCUGUUACUGCGUUCAGCAUCUCGACAGCUGGCUGUGGUAGUCACCUGAACGACGGCUGGUGGACUCCAGAAGAAAAACUAUAUACAUGUAAUUUACACACACACACUCCGCAGAGUUGCCGAUAAGAGACUUGAGACCUGAGGUCGUUUCCACAACAGGAAGUUGCUGUUACUCUGGAAACACUUUUAUCACAUGUUGACAAGACAAUGAUAACAAAAAAUCAUAUCUCUAAUUAUUUUAUAUUGUUUGUCCAGUUUCCCUCCCAAAAAAAUAUCAAAGGUGCUUCAUGCUGA